AUGGCGGCGGCGGCUAUGAAGAAGCGGAGAAUUCAAGAAGAGGAAGAAGAAGCAAAUACGUUAUCAACUCAAAUGCCAGAUGAUAAAGAAGGUUUAUUAGAGUUCAUGGACCAGCGUGCUAAGUCUAUUCAACACUGUAAAGACCAGAUUCAAAUCUUCGAGACUAAGCUUGCUGAAGAGAGAAAACUAAUGGCAGAUGCCGAGACCAAAUUUUUACAGAUUGAUCGUGUUGAAAGUGACACCUUUUUUAAAACAAAACCAAACGUUGCUGGUAAAACCGGAACUUUAUUUAGUAUACCAGAGUUCAGGUCCGAGGGAGAUAAGGUGAAGAAGACUGCUAGUAAUGGAACCUCUACAUCACAACAUGUGUGUGGUGAGACGAAGAUGGAGUAUGAAGAAACCUCUACUCCACUUCCACGUAGUGAGAAGAAUCCCUCGAAGUUGCCGUCUAUUCUUUUACCGCCUUCUUUCAAGCGGAAAGCUUCUGCUCCUGUUAGACCAGAAGUGAAUGAGACCACACAAGCAGCUCAACCUACGGUUACAAGGAGGAGUUUUAGUUUUCCAAGGGAAGAAGGCAAGAGAUCUAAUGAAGUAGUGAGGGAAGCUCAAGCUCACAUUGAUAAGGGUUUUGCAAAGCCAAGGAUGAGAGUUUCUUCUAACAUUUCUGGUGGACAAGCGCGACAGGAUAAGUCUGAGUUCCAUGGACAUGAUGAGUUGAUAGCGCUUAUAGGUAGGAGCUCUUUGCGUCCCAAGAUUGAAAGUCGUAUUGUAUCUAUGCUACCAAGUGGCCACACGAAAAGAAUGAGAAGUCUUGCUGUUUCUCUAUCAAACCGUGAUCUUUUUGCUACAAGUGCAUUGGAUUGUGUGGUUCAUUUUUGGAAGCUUCAGUCUAAUAGGUCCUCAGCUACUCUGUUUAAGACGGUUAAUCGAGUAGGGUUAGAUCAGAAGAGAUGGGCAGAAGAUAUAGCUUGGCAUCCACACAGAAGUGAACUUUUCUCUGUGUAUACGGCAGAUGAUGGUCAUGCUCAAGUAUCAUCCUCAUAUCUUAACCAAGCUAGAGAGAGUUGUGAGUCAAAAUUUCUGAAAGACAGGCCUCAUAGCAAAGGACUUAUCAACAGAAUCAUGUUCACGCCAUGGGAUGAUGAUCCUUGUUUCAUCACAGGUGGGUGUGACCAUGCAGUAGUGUUGUGGCGUGAACAAUGUGGUGAGCGCAAUGCAUGGAAGUCGAGGCUUCUGCAUAGGGAUUUGCACUCGUCAUCUGUGAUGGGAGUUGCUGGAAUGCGCCAUAAGAAUCAUCUCGUCUUGUCAUGUGGAGAUGAUAAGAGAUUUGUUGGGUUUGAUGCACGAGCAGAGAAGGCUACAUUUACGCAUAGACUAGACAACAGAUGCACAAACUUGUUGCCAAAUCCGCGUGAUGUUAAUCUUGUCAUGGUUCACACAAGGCAGCUAGACAGGCAACUUCGGUUGUAUGAUGUAAGAUUGCCACAGACGGAACUGUUUUCUUUUGGGUGGAAGCAAGAAAGCAGUGAAUCACAGUCAGCUCUAAUCAACCAGUCUUGGUCUCCAGAUGGUUUACAUAUCUCAUCUGGCUCUUCAGACCCUGUGAUCCACAUCUUUGAUAUCCGUUACAAUGCACCCAGCCCAUCUCUCUCCAUCAAAGCUCAUAAGAGAAGGGUGUUCAAAGCUGAAUGGCAGUCUUCUCAGCAACUUGUGUCCAUCUCAUCAAAUUUAGAAAUUGGGAUUCACAAGAUUUGGUGA